AUGGAAACCCAUAGCAUAGAACAGGAUUCGGCAAAUAGAGCUCGGGAUCUACUUUUAACUGAAAAACUGCGACAGCAGCCGCCGCCUAUUGAGAAAGUAUGUGGAAAAUAUGAUUCACAAAAUGGACUAGAGUCUAGCAAAGCGGCACUUCCUUCUACCCCUCGUACGGUUGGAUCACAUAUCACGCUUCAAAAGUCAAUAUGCAGAGAUACAGAUGAUUUGCUCCAGCAGGAGUACAAUUCUGUAAAACAAGAAAACGAUAGGCUCCAUAGCAUUAUAAGCAAACUCAAACAGGAGAUUGAUUUAUACACACGUCUGCUGCAGCACCAGACAGGUGUUUCGCGCCGUACUCAUGUUGCGCAGCGUUCGUCUUCACUUACUGUGUUGGAAUCAAUGCUUGUGAACACCUCAAAGCGUAGGAAAAAGACAAGUGUUGUUGCCCGGGGACAUCCGCGCGAUUGUUCGCCCGCUCAAAUACUCAAGGAUGCACACCACGACGUAAUGCUCGGUGCUGGAACCAAGCUUUCGCCAGGUCCACAGUCUAUGUCAUCAGCUGUUCCCGACGACCUUGCACCAGAAGAGCUUCUUCUUAUGGACAAACUAACCGAGGUCCUCAAAGGCAUGGAUUAA